GGGCUGUCAGAUGUCAGGGGCUCAUCAGGGGAGUUGAAUGCAAGGAGGCUUGGGCUGGUGGGGCUGUGGGUGUGUAGCAGUGGGCAAUGAGAGGAGCCUGGGGUAAGUUGAGGUAUGAACUGCAGCAAUUGGGAGGCAACAGAGCACAUGUAAGAGCUAGGGGCUUGUCUUGGGGGUUCAUGGAAAUAGGACAGGGUCUGAUGGUGGUUGAGGUGGGAAUGAAGAGGAGUACACUUGUGGGGAUACUGAGCCCAGCUGAAGAAUGUGGGGAAGGGGCAGUGUGAAUGGCUAGAGGGUAUCAGAGUACAGAAGGAGCUGGCUUGGUAAGGAGGCUUUGAAUGCCUGUGGCUAUAUGCAGUGGUGACAGAGGGAGAGAAGAGAUGGCAGAGCUGGGAGCAACAGGGCUGCCAUCACCUGCUGAUUUCCCUGCUAUCUUCUUCCAGAUUGCAAAACAUCACCCCACCACCAGAGCUCCCUGUCAGAGGCUUCUGUGUCUGUACUCAGCUAAUAGUGCUGGAAAAGGGGCUGGGCUGCUCAGGGUGCACACCUAGAUCAUGCUUCCCAUGGUGCAAAGCCCAGGGCAGGGCGCUGACAGGAGGGGAGUUACUGUAAGUGACUGUCUUACCACUGGAGUUGAGUUAAACAGGUUAAUAAACAGUUUGCAGGGCUUCUGAUACAAACAAUGACUGCAGGGUGGUAUUCCUCCUCUUGGGAGAUCAGUCCUAGAUCAAAAGUGAUCUUGGUGCUAAAAUUUGUAGAUAAUUUAGAAUUGUGAGGGCCUCAUGCAGAUUGGUCUGGGGAAAGCCUCCCCUGGACAAACAUCCUUAUUGAACUUGAAAUGUGGCAGUACACUGGUGCCCUGGUCAUGGCCAGAGACCUUGGGUGUCAGGAAAGUGCAGACCAGAGGUGGUCCCUGCCCUUGGCCAAAUACACUUGCCUUUUCAAAACCAUUCUGUGACUGGCUGCACAGGCAUGUGACUUGGUAAUCACACGGUGGAAAAUUUUCCAUUGGUUUCAGCUGGCACCAAGCUCUGGACUGGAACAGCCAGUCUGCCAGCCCAUCGGUGUCUGAGGUCCCCUGGACCUGUCCCUUGGGCCACCACGCCUGGAGAGGGACAGGAGGGCUGGAAGGGAGCUGGCUGAUGUGUCCCUCUGACUAGGUGACCAGGGGCUUGCUUUCACAUUCUUUCUUGCCACAAGGUGACUGCUGAGGCCACUGUGCUGCCCCAAGUCCAGCACCGUGGGGCUUGCCAGGACUUCCAGGUGCGGUGGUGGCUGCAGCUUCCCCUGUGCAGCAGCUACCCCGAGGUGAAAAGACACAGCUUUUUAUGAUGUGGAGCCAGCACAGAGGAAUUUGCUGCUUGUGGACAGCUGUUGUCCUGGGCCUGGCUCGUGUCCUCCAGCACUUCUUACCCAGCACUGCCUCAGGAAGGGGAAGGGGGGCUGCCCACCCUCGAUUGCCCAUGCCGGGCAAGUGGGUGUCACCUCGGGCCAAUGGGGGUGAAUAGCUGCGGUGGAGCCUAGCAGCAUCCUGCAGCCUCUGCAGGGAUCCUCUUGGGCAGCGGAGAGUUUUCCCCACCCCCAGCUCUGCCGCUGCCUCUUUGUUUUCUGGCAGAAGCCUCUGUGCCUUUUCAUUGCUGUGGAGGCGCCGAGCAGGAGCCUACAUGUGCCGCGUGUGCGUCUCGCCGGGAAUGUGAUGCGGGCUGGGAAUCCUGCCGGGCCAGGCAUCUCCCCUGCAGGGCAGCGGAGGCCAAACUGUGGCUUCAGGGGUCUCCUUCCCAUGGACUGUUCCUCCGGAGGAGCAAGGCUUCGAGGCAGCUGGUCUCCCUCACAAAACCCUCUUCUGCAUUGACAGCGCUUCUGCACCUUGCCCCAAGUCGAGCAUCAAAGCUGCAGUGCCCAUGGAUUUUGACCACAGGGGAGCUGUGUUGCAUCUGCAAAUCUCUGUUGUGCAUCAAGAGCACAUUUGAACAGGGCCAGAAAGUGUCCUGUGCUGUGGGUGGAAGGGGGCGGAGGUGAACAUGAGACCAGGAGCUAGCUGGAGGCCCAGAGGUUGCUGCAGUGUCUUGGAAAGCAAGGCAUGAAAUGGUCGCCAGAAAGAAAGAGAAAUCUGUUCCUAUGCACAGGGUUUCAUACAGGAUGGCAUGCAAAAGGGAUGUAAAAUCAAGCCAGAGCCACUGUGGACACUGAAGAGCUGGAGAGGACGUUGCAGAGGUUUGGAGGCACACCGUGAUGGUGGGAGCCAUUCCACGGCAGCCACGCCGCUUCUGGGGGGUGCCUGACUGGCAGGUGUCUUCAGCUAAUUGUGCCAACAAUCGCCCGCUGCAGAGCAAGGAGGUUAAUCCAGAGCAAAGCAGGGUCCUGCUGCAGAGGGAUGCUGUGCUGAAGAGCAGCUCAUAGUAGAGUGCUCACACAGAAAUCCUGAGUGAGAGACUGCCUGGCUCCCACCCCCUGCCCUUUGCACCCUCAUCUGUGGCACUUUACAGUCCCACUCCCGCUGCUGCAUGGGCUCUGCUCGGAGUCCCAGCAAGUGAGGCUCCAUGCGGCACAUCCACACAGAGACGUCUCUGCCCCCGGAGCGGAGCACAGACCCCAGCCGGUCCCAGCCCAGAGGGGAGACACCCUUGGAGCCUUCCUCACAGUGCUGCACCCACCGCAGCAUCCUCAUGGGCUACAAUGAGACAGAGAUCAAGCGCCAGAAGGUUUACCAGGUGUCCAUCUUCUCUCAUCUCUCCAGCUCCUCUGAGAGCACGGAGCAGCGGGCAGGCACCCGACCAGCUGUCAAGAGGGGAUACCCCGAGCAGCGAACUUCAGAAGGGGGGCGAGAUCCCAAACGAACUCACUGGGGUGACAGGGGGGCGGAUGGGGGCCCUGGGCAGCCUUCCUUGGAUGAUGAUGAUACCUUUGAGGAUGGUCUGCUGGUGGAGGAGCUCUCCCUUUGCGGUUCUGCCCAGCACUUCUCCCACAGUGGGCUGCGGGUGGUGGAGCACCGCUGUGAGGGCAGCCCUAGCCACAGCCCCAAAGCCAGCAGAGAAAACAAGUCACAGGAUAUUUCUUCCUCCUCUUCCUCCUCUUCCUCCUCCUCCUCCUCUUCCUCUUUUUCCUCCUCCUCCUGGCCCCGGCACAUUGCUUGCAGUACUUUGCACAUGAGAGACAGUUACCCUGUCUCAUCAGGGGAUCAGCCCAUAGACUAUGGAGAGAAUGGGGAGCUGGCAAGUGGCCACAAUGUACUUCACCUUGAAUUGCACAGUAUUGCACAAACAACCCAGUUGGACCCUGGUGGGAAGAGAGAGAAGCCAGGGAGCAGCCCAGCUCACACCAGCAGGGCUAGUGGAGAAGCAGAAGGGCCAGCAGUGGCCAAUGGGUGCAGGGAGUCCCCAGUUUUGCAGACAGCGCUCAGCCCCGAGCCCACCAGCCUGAGCUCCCAGGAGAUGACACCCUGUGGGAGCAGCCAGCUCAGCAGCACCUGCCCAGCCAAAAGGAAGUUGCUGCCUGCUGGUGAGGUUAUGGCUGACUCCUGCUCCGAGGAUGAGAGCCUGUCCCCGCCAGCAAGGAAGAAGAGGGUCCUGCCAUGCCAUCCUGUGCCCACAGCCUGCCGCAGCACUGAUGCCAAGGGAGCUCCAUUCUGGAAUCACCUGCUUCCUGCAGCCAAGAGCUCUUCAGAUUGCACUGCGGUUGGGAGGAGGCUGAAGAGUGGGUUGCGCCUCAAAUCGCGACACCUCCGGACCAGUCUCCGGAGAGGCACCAGGUCUCCCACAGCACCCUGGGCCACCACCACUGUCAGCCAUGCUCUGCUGGGCAACUUUGAGGAGUCCAUCCUGAAGGGGCGCUUUGCACCAUCAGGGAGGAUCGAGGGUUUCACAGCAGAGAUCGGUGCCAGUGGUUCCUACUGUCCUCAGCAUGUCACCCUGCCUGUCGACGUCACCUACUUCGACAUCUCUGAACACAGCGCACCCUCACCUUUCCUGGGAGUGAUUGACUUGGAGGCCUUGGGAAAGAAGGGUUACAGUGUCCCCAAAGCUGGAACCAUCCAAGUGACCUUAUUUAACCCCAACAAGACUGUGGUGAAGAUGUUCUUGGUGACAUACGACUUCCAGGACAUGCCGGCCAAUCACAUGACCUUCCUACGCCAUCGCAUCUUCCUGGUGCCUGUGGGGGAGGAGGAGGGGUCCACAGUGGCCCCCAGUGACCCACUGGGCACCAGCCCACCCCGUAGGGUCCUCUGCUACCUGAUGCAUCUAAGGUUUCACAGCUCCAAGUCGGGGAAGAUCUACCUUCAUGAUGACAUUCGGCUGCUUUUCUCCCGCAAGUCGAUCGAGGUGGAUUCGGGGAUCCCCUACGAACUGAAAUCCUUCACAGAGAUGCCACGGAACCCCUGCUAUUCACCCCGGGCCUGACCUUCUUCACCCCCCACCCCCCCGGGCCACUGGCCCUGAGCCUCCAGCCCAGCACUCUGGGAAGAAAUGAGUAAAGGGCCAGCAAGCACUGCUUAGAGAUAUCACCCACCCUCCUGACCAGCACAGACACCACGCUCUGCAGCAGGGCUGGGUUCCCAGGGCGCUUCACCAAGUGGGGCAGGGGCUGAAGAGCAGCCCUGGCACUCCAGGGACAUGCCCAAGCCUUCUGCUGGCACUGUUCCCACCUUGGAGACUUGGCUGUGGCUGAGCUGGGUGGGUGUGAAGAGUUGGACUGGAGCUGUAAGACCACCCACACUGGUCCUGGGUCUAGGAGCAGAAAGUGUAGAAGAGUUUGUAUUUAUUGGUAUUUAUUGUUGCUGAGAGCACAGAGGAGGCUCACGCAGAGGAUCAGAGGUGCUGUGCUUGUCCUUCCCCCCAGCCCUGCCUGCACCAGGCUGCCCCUGUUUGGGCAGGGCUGUGGGGACUAUGAGGAUGACUAGGGCCAAGGAUUCCUCAGUCCAUGGUAGGAAGAAUGACCUAGUGCUCACACAGGGUGCAGCUCCCAGGUCAGGGGUGUGUUAAAAGCCCUGUGACAGGCUAAGCCUCACUGGCAUCAGCUUUGCAGGGCCAGGCCAACUCCAAGUAGUUUGGGGAGGCCUGCAAGUCUUUUAGGGCAAGCCAGAAAUCAAGACACCUAUGGCUGUCAAGGAAGUGGCCACUGCCAGGUUCCUAAAGGUAAGAGACACAGCUGCCACGUGGAUGGGGACCUGGGGCUCUUUGCAAGAAUAUGGGGAUAGCCCUCUGGGCAAGAGCCUCCAGAGCACGUGAGCUGUGUGUCUGAGAAGAUUGCCAAAAAGAAAAAAGGAACCUUGCACAGUCUGCAGGUAUGGGGUGAAUCCCAUGCAGGGGACAGCUUUGGGCAGGGGUCUGCUGGCAGCAUGAUCAGGGGCUGGAGGAUGGUCAGCAGCCCCAGCUUAGUUCCUGGAAAGUGGGGAAGCAACAGAGGACAUUGAACUCUGGGAGCUGGGCUGGAUCUUCAGAGGCAGGACUGGGAGAAUCCACACUGGGGCAGCCAGAGGAGCAGGGCUACAGAUAAAACGAGCUUACACAUACCCUGUCUAUAUCGCCUCUCUGCUCUCUGAGGGUCUCAGCGAGGUUCCCACUGCCAGCCUGGGCUGUGGGGAUCCUCAGCCUCUGACAGAGGGAACAAGAGGGGGACAGGCCUGACCCUAUCACCUUCCAGCCCUGGGGCUGAGACCCGAGUGUGGGGGCUCAGUGUGGGGAUGGGCCAGGACUGGGGCGGUGUGGAGAUAAGGUCCUGCUCUGCCCUGUCCGGGGGCAGCCGAGGGGCUCUGACCUUGCUCCACUGGGGUGAGGAAGCCAGACCCUGCCCCUAUACUCUGGGAGCUGAGCCCCCCACACGGAGGCUUUGAACCCCCCUCACACCGGGAGUUGCUCCCCUUAAACCCCCAAAACCGUGGAUCUGAACCCUUCCCCAGACAGGGUUCUGAACCCCCCACCUCCCUUGCCCUCGGGGGCCGCCAUGAUACCGGAGUCCCCCUCGCCCCCAGAUCACAGGGGCUACCCUUCCGGCCGUGGCCCUGCGGGCUCCUGAAGGCCGUGCUGGUACUUUCCCUGUUCGUUUCUAAUUUAAUAAACGUCCAUUUGGA